AUUCUACUCGUUAACGGGGCGAUUCAGCGGGUUGGUUUUCAUUUCUACGGUGCAACAGCGUAGUUCAUGCCUCAUGGAUCUUGAAGUUGGUCGUGUGCACCAUUAAAUUGCGGGACUGAGUUGCUUUUAUUCAAUUUGAGCGAUAAUUAUGUCUUCUGGUAAAAAGACCAAGAAGCCCAAGGGAAAAACGUUAGCUCUGACAGAUUUCUUGGCUGACACACCUGGUGGUAUUCAAAGUGUCUCGCUCAAAACAUCAAACUGGGCAGAUGAUGUCGAAGAUGAACACGAAGGAUUCUCAUCGAACCGGAAUAAAGAACCAGUGUAUCUUCCCACGGCGCCAAGGGCUGCCCGAGGCACAGGUGUGAACGAAGAAAAUAUUCCUACGAAUCCUCCUUAUGUAGCUUUCAUUUCCAAUCUACCCUAUGAUGUGGAUGAAGAAGAUCUUGCAGAUUUUUUUGCAGAAAUGAAGGUUUCCAAUAUACGCCUCCCAAAAGAUUCUAACAAACUCAGAGGUUACGGAUAUGUUGAGUUCGAGGAUCGUCAAAGUUUGAUCGACGCCUUAUCAAUUGCAAAUACUACCAUCAAAACUAGACGUGUUAGAAUUGAAGUUUCAAACAGUAGCAGCGAUGAUAGACGAGGUGGUGGUCGUAUGGGUCGGGACAAUCGUAGGGAUAAUUAUGAUGAUCCGGAGCGAACUGCAGGAGAUUGGAGAAGUGGACCACGAGAUGAGUCUGCUCCCGCUGAACAGGAUCGUUAUCGCAGUCGUGGGGGAUUUGAUAAUAAAGACCGCAGAGAUGAUCGAGAAGGGUUCGAUGACAAUAAGCCCGGUGGUUGGCGUGAAGGUGGCGAUCGAGGUGGGGCAUUCAAAGAGAGAGCUGGAUUCCGUGACGAAGUAGACAGAGAAAGAGAUCGUCCACGUUACGGAGGAGACAGAGAUAAUAGGGAUAGAGAUGGAGAUAGAGACAGAGAUCGCGGAGGGAGUUUUGGCCAGCGCCGCAAUUACGGCGAUUCCGAUUGGUCUCGGGAUGGGCCUUCACGUCGAGAAGAACCCUCGAGAUCGGAAUUGAAAACAAGACCAAAGCUACAGUUGCAGCCGCGUACAAAGCCCGUGGAACCCAUAGUUGUGCAGGAAGAAUCCUUAGAGCCUGUUGUAGAACCAGAGCCAGCGCCAACACUAGUUGCCACACCUGUUCCAGCUGCUAAUAUCUUUGGCGCAGCCAAACCUGUUGAUACAGCUGCUAAAGAGAGGGAAAUUGAAGAACGUCUUGCUAAAUCUAAUGCAGAGACCAGACCCAAGGAGGAAGGGGAUGAAAGGCGUGCGCCUAAAGAGAGUGCUUGGGGUCGACGCAAUGGCGAAGGGCGUGAGGAUAGGGAGAGAGAGCGGCCGGGAUGGCGGUCUGAAGAAGACAGGGGAAGACAAGCUGAACGAUCAGGACCUCGAGGCCAACCAACUUCUGCACGCUCUGGUCAGCGAGGGGAUUCUAAAGGACCACCUGCAUCUCGGGGUGGACCAACUCGUGGGCCUCAAAAGCCUAACGAAUCUCGUGCAGUUCCUGACAGGGAAAGGAGAGACAGGGACAGAGAUGACGAGAUCAGCAGAAUGCCCAAGGCUAAAGAAGAGCAGAUUCCGAACUUUGUAGCUUCCAAUAAGUAUUCCAUGCUGCCUGAUGACGUGGAUCCAGACAAUAUCGACGAUUAGUUUUGGUCGUGAUAAUUGAAACUUGCAAUUGAAUUGUGCCACAUGUAUCAUGAUUGGUAUACGUACGCAUAUUAUUGAUAAUUCGUUUUACCUCUACUAAAUAUCUUGCUGAAGAAUUCAUUAAGCGUUUGGCCACACAAUUACCCAACACAUCCAAGCUCCAUAAUAAACAUUGUUAAUUUGUAAUUAAACUAUUCUUUUAUUUCUGAUUUAUAAUUAUUGCCUAAUCAGCUAUACCUAUCUACUUAAUAUUUCGAUCUUGAUGUGUGGUUUGAUUAUUUAUCACAACUCUCGAUUUCCUAUUGAACAACAGUCGUACGAGGGGUUUGGAAUUAAAAUGAAGUUAACAUUUAGGAAUUGGGACAUGAAUUUUUUACUUAAAUAUUUUACCUGAUGUACAGUUGCUUUGAGGAUAUUGUACAAUGUGUGACGUAUACAUGUAAUAUAAUAAUGUCGAUGCAAAAGCAAAACAAUCGAAACGAUAAAUACACACGAACUUCAAAAAAUAA